CAAACAAAGAAAAUACAUGCAAUUGUGUCUCUUCUCCUUCCCUUUCACUCUUCACUUUCAAUUUUUAGCAAUUAGCACCAUAAGUACUCCAUUAUUGAAAACCCAAACAAACCACCCAAACUUCCAAAUUCCAUUUUUGUCCUUUUGUUAGGCCAAUUCCUUUUUUCUUUUUUUGGUUACAUUUUCUGAUACAUCUUUUUUGCUAUUAAUUUCAAAAGACAAAAAAAAAAAGCAUUUGGGGUUAGUAAUUUUAGUAUUUGAGAAUUACCCAGAAUGACAAAAUUCAAUUUUUAGCACCAUAAAUUUCCAUUUUUAAGAACACCAAGAGCCCCCAAAAAAAUUUGUUUUUUUAAUUUACAUUUUCUGAUCAUCUUUUUUGCUAAAUUUUUCAAAAAAUACCAAGGUGGGGUUAGUAAUUUCAGUAUUUUGGAAAUACCCAGAAUGGAAAAAUUCAAUUUUUUAGCACUAUAAAACUCCAAGAACCCUGUUUUUUAUUUGAAAAAAAAAAAAACAUUUUCUGAUCAUCUUUUGCUUGUUAUUAAUUUCAAAAAAUAGCAAGUUGGGGUUAGUAAUUUCAGUAUUUAGGAAGUACCCAGAAUGGCAAAAUUUGAUCUUGGUUAUAUUUGGCUAUUAUUUGUAAUUGUUAUGCUUGUUUGGAGUAGUGUAAAUGUGAAAGGUGAAGGAGUGAUUAAAGUGAAUUAUAAAUUUUAUGGAUUAGAAAGGAAUUUGAGUGCCCUAAAAGCUCAUGAUGAAAUGCGUCAUCUUCAAAUUCUUGCUGGUAUUGAUCUUCCUAUAGGUGGAGAUGGCCGUCUUGAUUCCGUUGGGCUUUACUAUACUAAGAUUGGGAUUGGAACACCUCCAAAUAAUUUUACUGUUCAAGUGGAUACAGGAAGUGACGUAAUGUGGGUUAAUUGCAUUUCAUGUCAACGAUGCCCCAGAAGAGGAUAUGGUGGUAUGGAGCUAACACGAUACAAUCCAAAGGAUUCUCUCACUGGUAAACUCAUUCUUUGUGGUCAAUCAUUUUGCAAAGAUGUCAACAGAGGUUCACUACCAGGCUGCUUUGGUAAUGGUUCUUGUACUUAUGCACGACAUUACGGAGAUGGAAGCUACAGCACGGGCUUUUUAGUAGAGGAUGUUGUCCAAUAUGAUCUGGUAUCAGGUGAUCUCCAAACUGAGCCAGCAAAUCGGAGUGUUAUUUUUGGGUGUGGUGCUCAACAAUAUGGCAAUCUGAUUUCCCCUGAUGAAGCUUUUGAUGGGAUUCUUGGAUUUGGGAAAUCAAACUCAUCCAUACUUUCCCAGCUGGUUUCAUCUGGAAAAGUGAAAAAUAUGUUCGCUCACUGCUUAGAUAGUGUAAAUGGUGGCGGUAUUUUUGCCAUUGGGAAUGUUGUGCAACCAGAAGUGAACAUGACUCCUAUGGUACCUAACCAGCCACAUUACAGUGUCAAUAUGAUGGCGGUUGAAGUUGGCCAUCAGUUUCUAAACCUGUCUGUUGAUGUAUUUAUGAAUGGAGAGAGCAAUGGAGUAAUUAUUGAUACUGGAUUAACAUUGGCUUAUCUUCCUGAGGUGAUUUAUAGUCCGCUGGUGAGAAAGAUACUCUCCUGGCAACCUUAUCUGAAAUUGCAUCAUGAUGAGUAUACAUGCUUUGAAUACUCUGGGAGUGUUGAUGAUGGAUUCCCUCAAGUCACUUUUCAUUUCCAAAAUUCCCUAUCUUUAAGAGUUAGACCCCGCGAGUAUCUGCUCCCAUCUGAUGAUUUACUUUGCAUUGGAUGGCAAAACAGUGGUAAUCAAUCAAGGGACAUUUGGAACCGCACAGUUUUCGGAGGACCAUUAUAACGAAACAUUCACCGCCACUACAAUUGAGAAAUUGCCAGCUCAGUAUACAUUUGACUUGGAAAACAUUCCAGAAAAUAGUUUACUGUCUAUAUCAUUUUCGAUGAAGCUAGAAGUAUUUGCAUCUUUAGUUGAGGUCUAAUACACGUAAAGUUGCCAUCACUGAAUCAUGCAGCUGAAUGGGUCCUCCUAGACCCCAUUGUUACAAAGUUUACUGAGGGCAUUAUAUUAGCUGCAUCCUAUCACCAAGAAAGACACGUAAAAGAGAAAGUAGACAUAUCUGAUCUCUACAGGGUUUUGGGAAGAGAGAGAUGCUGUUUUCUUUCUUUCUUUUGUGGCAUUACAUUCUGGAUUGGGGAGUUUAGACAAAACUGAUUGGAGAUAGGCAAGUUGAAUGUGAUUAGGUUGGCAGGAAUUACGAGAUUGAGAGCACUAAGGAGUCAUUACAAAUACGUAUUUUAGGACAUAAUCCAUCAGGAUUCAAGUCUGCAUUUGAACGGUAUCAAUUCAUUUUACAGCUAAACAGGUAAAGAGGAUCUGGUUAUGAACUUGAAAUCGUCUGAGAAAUCCUUCCAUGCAAAUGCUCCUUAAAUUAAUAGAUGUUUUCUGUGUGCGGAGGAUUCUAGAAUCAGCUGUGCACUUGUUUCUUCAUUGUAAAUUUUCUUGGGAGCUUUUCUUGAGUAUCUGUGGUAUAUCUUGGGCAAUUUCUAACUGCAUAAGAAGUGUUGACAAGGACAGCGGAUGCAUGACGGCUUGAAGCUGAUCUGAAACACUAAUCCUAGAUGCAUUUUCUGGACUUUAUGGUUGGAAAGGAAUAGAGUUUGCUUCGAAAGAAAAAGAGAGACCAUAUUUCUAGAUCAAGAAUAAGUGCUAACAUAAUCUUUUCUUGUGGUGUAAUAGUAGUUCUAUUGUAAACAUGAAGCAGUAUAUAGAUUCCGUGGACUUGUUAGGACUUAGGAGGCAGACUGUAGGAUCAGUCUUGAAGUCAUAUACGUUUUGUCCUGUACUUCUGUUGUUUUGCAAUGUUCAUACCAUCUCGGUACAUUGAUUAAUAAAACCUAUACCAUUUCAAAAAGAAAAAAAUCUGUCUUAGGGAAACUUAAGUAUGUUUUUAUUGUUACAGUGGGUAGCUGACGAGUACAGACCGUAAUCAAUAUAUGUGUCCUUUGCUGUCUACCUUUUCCUUUUCUUUUUCUUUUAAUUGAAAUUAACCGGACCAACAAUGGGCUGAAUCUCUGUGAAUUGUGCACCCUCUGCUGUCUGUAGUUAUUUCUUCUUUCGUUCCUCGUGACCUUUAUUAUGAACAUCCUUCUUAGCACCCAUUUGAUCUAUCCCAGUGGCCCAAACCAUCUGAAAGCACCCUAAGUUAAUGGGAGAAUUUAUGCUUAGUUCAGUAUGUGUGUGUGUGUUCUGCUGAAUUGGUAUUUGCUGUCAAAUUGUAUCGUUUCUUUUAGGUUAGCUGGCAAAGAUUAUGACAGCAAUAUCACUUGUUUGUUUCAUGGUUUAUAUGUUAUUCAUAAUAAUUGAGUGAUGGAAAUUCAACACACACAGAGCAUUUGAGAGCUAAAUUUUUGUGCCUUGGAGGAAGUGGCAACUAUUUUUAUCCCAAACAAGUGUUAUUUUGCAAAAGAGGGGCUAUAAUUAAAUAAAAUAUCUUGACACGAUUUUAUUUAAAUAAUUUUCUUAAAUGUAAGUUUCUCUGUUUGAAAAAUGUGCACUUAGCACUUUGGAUAACAAGUGGGAGUGCUAUGCGACCACGUUUUGAUGAUUUACGCCCAAAUUCUCUUUCCAGCUCAGCUCUUCUAAUACUGUUUGAAUUGGUCAAUUGCUAUGAUGAUGCUGAUUAAAAGUUUAUCUGAAUUCUUUCAAUGACAUUGUAUGUUUACUAUUUGAUGUCUCAUUUCUUCUAAAGCGUUGGAGGUA